UUUUGGCUAAAGAUGGGGAUUCCAAUUCCAGUUUCUUUCACAAAGCUGUGAAAUGCAGGCAGCAAGUCAACCGUAUUGCGAAACUCCGUAACAACAAUGGCAACUGGGUUGAAAGAGCUACCCCGCAAGAAGCCAACAUGUUAAAGGACACCAUUGAAUCUUUUGCAACUGCCUCGGGUCAAACAAUCAAUCACACAAAGUCCACUCUCACUUUUAGUAAGAAUACUGGUGGGGCCUCCAGAACUACCUUUUGUAACAUCAUGGGAAUGUGCGAAGGGACUCUUAAUGGAAACUACCUUGGCCUACCAUCAUUGAUUGGGAGAAACAAACGCGAAAUACUAGGUUUCAUUAAAGAUAAAGUGGUUGGUCGGAAUAAAAGCUGGAUACAUAAAUUUCUUUCUAGAGCAGGGCACGAGAUCCUUCUUAAGAACGUCAUCCAAGCCAUCCCUACAUUUGCCAUGAGCGUCUUCCUCCUCCCAAUUGAACUUUGCAAGGAUAUUGAAAAGGUCAUGAAUAGCUUCUGGUGGGGUUGUGAAGGCGAUAGGGUAAGAGGAAUCAGAUGGAAGAGCUGGGAGAUAUUAUGUGUUCCGAAACAAUUUGGAGGUAUGAGAUUCGGGAGAAUAAGAGAAUUCAAUAUUGCAAUGUUGGGUAAACAAGUCUGGCGCCUUAUCAACCAACUGAGUUCCCUUCUUGCUAGAACCUAUAAGGCGAAAUAUUAUGCUAACAACAACUUCUUUGAAGCACAUCUUGGUAGCAACCCAUCUUUCAUUUGGCGGAACAUCCUUGAAACCCAAAGUGUUAUUAAAAGUAGAAGUAGAUGGAGAGUUGGUGAUGGUGAUUCCAUCAAAGUUUGGAGUGAUCCGUGGCUCCCAAAAAGUAAAUGCCCUUAUAUCUAAUCCUACAUCUCUUCUACCAUGAAUGACAUCAAAGUCUCGUCCCUCAUUGACCAGAAUGGACCCAAAUGGAAUGAUCCUCUCAUUAACUCACUGUUCAAUCAGGAUGACAUUAUUAAAAUCAGAAGUAUCCCCAUUCUGGACUCUAGGCCGAAAGAUAAAAUCAUAUGGAUGGAGGAUGAAAAAGGUGUCUAUACUGUCAAAAGCUACUAUAAAGCUCUUGUGGGUAACUCUCACCCAACACCGGUUCCAUUUUUGGACUAAAGCCUGGAAAUUGGUGCUCCCUCCGAAAAUUAAAACCUUCUUCUGGCAGCUAUGUUCGAAUUCCCUACCUACACAUGAUCGCUUGAAAUCGAGACAUAUUCCAGUUCCAGAUGUUUGUCAGAUCUGUAAUACUGAAGAGGAAUCCCUGCUCCAUUUAUUUGUGAAUUGCCCCCUUGCAAAAAACUGUUAGACCAUUCUUGGAGAUAUUAAUCAUCACUCUUUCAGUUCUGUUUUUGAUUGGCUUGACCAGAUUUUCUCUACUAAAUAUGAUAAUGAGAUAUGUACUAUAAUAUCAGUGUGUUGGAAAAUUUGGGGUGCCAGAAACGAAAAGAUCUAGAAUUGCACCAUCCUUCCAGCCUCUUUUAUUCGCCAUUUUGCUACUAAUUUUAUAAUUGAAUGGACCUCUGUUCAUAUUACUGCUGAUACUAAUGAUAGGUCUAUCACCACCACUGUCUGGACUAGGCCACCUUUAGGAAUGCUCAAACUCAACACAGAUGUUGCCCUUGACCAGUGCUCCAACAGAAUGGGAUUUGGUUUUGUUAUUCGUGAUUCAGAAGGCCACUUUGUUACUGCUUGUCGUCUCCCUUGCUGCGGCAUAUUUAAACCAGCAGAGGCAAAAGCAAUCAGCAUUCGUGAGACUUUGAAGUGGACCAAGAGUAUUCAUAUUGACAAUCUGCAGUUAGAGAGUGACUGCUAGCAUGUUAUCAAUGGCAUCCUCCAUGAUUUCAACUCAGUUUCAUCUCUUGACCUUAUUUUUGAUGAUAUUAGAAAUAUUGCUUCUAGUUUUUCUAACUUAAGCUUUUUAUUUGCAAAACGGUCUGCGAAUAGAGCAGCCCAUUGUUUAGCUAGGGAAGUCUUAUCGGUGUCUGACCGUAUGGACUGUUUUACUGUCCCUUUUCCAUCCAUUGCUCAUGUUCUGAGCUUAGACUUUAAUUAAUGAAAUUACUUGCUUUUAUAAAAAAAAAAA